AUGCCGGGAUCUCCAGAUAUCAAAUCUGAGGAUUACUACAAGGUCCUCGGAGUAGAUCGGGGUGCUUCAGACAGUGAAAUUGCCAAAGCCUACAAGAAGCUGGCGCUGAAGUGUUCGGCAAAGCGGGCAUCCAGGGAGGUCCCGGAGGUGGAGCAGGAGGCCUUCUUUGGAGGAAACAACCCCUUCGGUGUCUUUGGCUUUGAUGAUGACGACAUGGGAGGUAUGGGAAUGGGAGGGCUCGGCGGCAGCGAAAUUCACGCCCGUCGGGCGUGGUUUUUACAUCGGACUGGUUUGGUCCCCUUGAAUACCACGGAACUUCGCCGCCUUCUGCGUCGACUGUCAAGCCAUCAUUCCAGGGACAGCAAGUUCCUGACAAAGAUCAAACUCAACAUCAUGGAGCAAGAAUUAUGGCCCUGGCGGUGCCAGCGUUGCCAAAGAAUCAAUCGCAAGAGUGCCACCAAGUGCGCCAUUUGCAAUGCGCACUGGACUACAGGCACCAGGCACAGUACGGAACCCAAGAAAUCGACAAAUCUGGACGAAGAGGCUGGAUGGUCGACAUGGGAAGAAUGGUCUUACAAAUGGGACGAAGACGAUGCAGCAUGGGGGUGGGAUUGGCAAAAACAUCGCCAACAAUCCCGCUCGCAAUCGCAGAGUACAACCAAAAGCAACAAGAGCAACUAUGGGGAGUCGCAAGAGACGCACCCACGAAAGCAGAAAGGCAAAGGCAAGGGCAAGGCCAAGCAAGGCAAAGACAAGGGGAAAGGGAGCACACCAUCGCCCUUUGCUCCUUUGACAGCAGAUGCACCGCCCUGGCCGUCUCUAGAGAGUCCAGUGGGCAAUUUGAUGCCGACGAUGACUCCUUUCUCCACUGCACAAGGAGUCGAAAACAUUGCGCAGAAGAAGGAAGUGGUCAGUGCUCUCAAAACAGCAUAUCCAGAUGCGGCUCAAAUGCCACAGGAAACAAAAGAAAUCAUCGAGAAGCUGGAGAAAGAUAUCGAUCGCCUCGAGAAAGAGAACUCGAAGGCGACAACCAAGAAUCUGCAUUCAGCCACCAAGGCUCUGGGGAAGGCCCAGAAGACUCUUGCGGAAACGAUGGAGUCAAAGAAGGUUCACCGUGCAAGGUGGACUCAGCAUGUGGCAGAAGCGGCAAAAACCUGGCAAGAUCAACUGCAUCAAUACCGGCAGCAGCAAGCAGCCCUGCAAGAAAUUGCGGUCAAAGCACGUGCGGACAUAGAAAGUGCCCGCGCAGCCAUUCAGGCUUUGUCAGCAAAAGCUCCUCAGGAGACACUGGCAGCUAUGACUCAGAUUGCACCGGUUACGGCAGAAACAGAAGAUGCAGCCAUCGAUCUGGAUCAGGAGGAAGAAUCAGUUCAAUAUCAACUGCAGACCGUCCUGCAGAGCUGCGCAGCAUCAUUGGGGAUCGAUGUACCGCAAGCUCAGCAGACAGCUGCUGGAGAUCAAAUGGACGAUGGAGAGACGGAGGUGAAUGCCACACGUCCCAAAAGAGCCCGCGCUUUGGAACCAUUUGGAGGAGUCUCUGUGCCUAUUGCUGCCUCCUCACCGGAUGGAAAGAAGCCGUGA